UUCUGAUUAUUUAUCAGCUUAAAACACACACCGGCAAAUCAAUUGCACUGCCCAGUCGUGAUUGAUACGCGCUUGGCGAAAGUUCCAAUUCAUCAUGAACAUAAAUUUUGAAAACAAGCGCGUUCUCAUAACAGGUGCUUGUCAAGGCAUCGGCAAAGAAGUUGCUCUACGCCUGUCGAAGUACAAGGCAAAGGUCGUAGCCCUGUCGAACAACAAAGAAAACUUGGUCAAACUGUCGAAAGAACAGCCCGAGAUCGAGACGGUAUGCGUCGACCUGCUCGACUGGAAGGCGACCCGAGCAGCUGUCGAGAGCGUUUUACCCAUCGAUCUGCUCGUCAAUAAUGCCGGUGUGUCGGUCAACGAGCACUGCUUGGAGGCGACGCCUGAAAUUUUCGAUCUCACCUUCGGAACGAACGUCAAGGCAAUGCUCAACGUUUCCCAGGUAGUCGCGAAAAAUAUGAUCGAACGCAAAGUGUCAGGUAGUAUCGUUAACCUGUCGUCCCAGGCUUGUCGAGCUGCUUUGCUGGAUCACGUUAUCUACUGCGCUUCGAAAGGGGCCGUCGAUAUGCUGACAAAGACAAUGGCUCUGGAACUGGGUCCACACAAUAUUCGCGUGAACUCGGUGAGACCGACAGUUGUUAUGACAGAACUUGGAAAGAGAGUUUGGGGAGACAGAGAAAGAGCCGAUGAUCUGAAGAGGAAAAUUCCAUUAGGUCGAUUUGCAGAGCCACACGAGGUAGUGGAUGCUAUAGCAUUUUUGCUCAGUGAGCACAGCUCAAUGACAACCGGAGCCGGACUUCCAGUCGACGGUGGAUACCUGGCUGUGUAAUAUAUUCUUAAUCUCGCUCGUUAAAACGUGUUUAGUUUAAUACGUAUCCAUAGCGUUGUUUCAUGAAAAUUAAUAAACAUAUUAAAAAUUUUAAUUGUAUCGUAUAAUUGCCUAAUCGCCCUGUUGAUCUCAAUGUCGCAACGUUGAAAAUUGAGUUGUCUUUAUCACCAUUAUCUAGUGAACUUUCCACUCCCAAGCUACAAUUUCUAUAUACAUCAGUAUAACGUUUUACCCCCUCCACAACUAAAUAUACUCCAGCCUUCCGUCAUCGCGAGUGAUAACUAUAAACGCGAGCACUGCAGUACACUACAGUUAACAUUGAAGUGCUCUCGAGAUAACUUUUCAACAUGAACAUCAGAUUCGAGGGGAAACGUAUCCUUGUUACAGGAGCAGGACAAGGAAUCGGAAGAGAAAUGGCUCUCCGUUUGUCAAAAUUCGGUGGCACAGUGAUAGCUCUUUCGAAAACGAAGGAGAACCUCGACAUCCUAACCAAACAAGACUCGAAGAUCGAGACCCUCUGCGUAAACUUGCGAGACUGGCACGCGACCAGAAAAGCAAUCAAAAGCGUUCUGCCCAUCGACCUUUUGGUAAAUAACGCCGGAGUAGCUUGUCUGAGGCCGUUUUUGCAAGCCACUCAGGAUGACUUCGAUCUGACUUUCGACGUCAAUGUCAAACAGAUAUUGAACGUUUCGCAAAUCGUCGCGGAGAAUAUGAUCCAGAGAAAAGUCGCCGGAAGCAUUGUUAAUAUAUCGUCCCAAGCUAGCCAAGCUGCGCUCAAAGAUCACGCGAUAUACUGCGCUUCCAAGGGAGCUUUGGACAUGCUAACGAAAACCAUGGCACUCGAGCUCGGAUCGCACAAUAUUCGUGUUAACACUGUGAAUCCGACGGUCGUCAUGACGGAGAUGGGUAAACUCGGCUGGAGUGAGCCGAAAAAGGCUCAAGAGAUGCUGAGUAGAAUUCCACUCGGGCGAUUCGCCGAGGUGGAUGAAGUGAUCGAUGCUGUUGUGUUCCUUUUGAGUGACAAAAGUUCAAUGACAACUGGAGCAAGUAUUCCAGUCGAAGGCGGUUUUAUUGCAACGUAAUUUAAGAAUCUCAAUGUUUUAUUACAUACUUUUGCAAGAAAUGCCAAAAUAUUCAGUAGUGAUCAUGUAUUCUUAUGCGAAGGUGAGAUCUGAAAAGGAUUAUUUUUAGCUUUUUUUAAAGAUCUGUCCAAGAUUUAAAUUAUAAGUACUGCACUUUAUAAAUAAAUAUUUUUAUGUUUA